GCUACUUAACUCGACAAUGUGACACCAAGUUUGGAAGCUACUUUACACUGUUUCCAGUAACUUUCCACAAUAAUCACAAUCCUAAUGACAUAUGCCAAUGUAGUAAAAAUAACUAUUAGUAUAGUUUUAAUUAUUUUGGCUUUCAUAAUUGCAAAUUGCUACAAAAAUGGCCGAAACCGGAUUUAAAGUAUUAAACGUUGAUAGGUUACAUUACCGUGACGUUUUUCACUACAGUGAAAUAAUACGAACGCGCCAUCUAUCGUAAAAAUAAUGUACUUUGCCGUCGGCGCUAUCUGUUGACGAAUCUAAGCAACGUGAAUUCCAUUAUCCUUGACUGUUGCCAUCGCAAAAUUUCAUGAAUUUCCGGUAUUUUAAAACAUCCGUUCUGAACUAGAGUAUGAAGUUCAAAUGCGAAUUACUUCAGAUAAAAAGUGUAACUUCUAUUACGACCACCAGAGGGCCUAAGUUAAAUUGCACGUAGGCCCUCUGGUGGUCAGGACAAACUGCUCGCGAACUGAUUUUUUGAUAGGUUUAAACAUACGUGUUAUAUUUUUUCUACGCGAAUAAAUCUGUGCGGAAAAUUCAAAACUAAUACGGUAAGUAAAUCCAAUCACUGCUUCGAAUUGUAUUCUAAUAAUAAUUAAAUUUAUAUUCUGCAACGAAAUGGGUUCGAAGAUGGUAAAGGCGGUGUCAUAUGUUUCAGUAUUGUCUGUGCUUAUUGUGCCGUGUUCGGUAUCACAGAAUUUUUACUAACAAAUAGAAACGUAUUUAGCAUCGUAGCAUUGUACUAGUGACGUCAUUGUUUUGCUGGUAAAAUUUCAAGAUCUCGGAUUGGACUAAACAAUUUAAUUUUAUUAUAAAAAGUAUUAUAAUUAUGAUAAUUUUUAAUCAAAAAAUCAUCAUUCGACAUUUUUACAUACGAUCAAUUUAACUUGCUAAUUCGGCACAUGGUUCAAGAAUACUCCGAACACAUUAGCUCCUCCCUUCUAGCCAAUCGGAUAUUUUUUAGCAUUCUGCGGCCAGUCAAAGUUGACGUCACAAGAUGGAGGGUAACAAUACUGUAUACCACGUUUGUAUUAAUUUAUGAUGACAAUUUUUGUGUUUGCUUAUACAUUAAACUUUAAUAAUUAAAAGUGAAAUAAUGCGAGAUGAUCUUAUUCGGGACAAUAUGGAAAUUGCUAGAAAAAAAAUUCAAUUAAAGAAUGUAUGCGAUGUAUAAUUUGUAAUUUCAAUUGUUUACUGGUUUCGGUAUUAGAAAGGAACUAGUUAUUAAAUAUUGUGUAAAUAAAUAUUUUUAAUGUAAAUCAAUGUGUUUUACUUUAAAGAAUUGAAUCGAAGCAUAAUUAGAAACAAGCGAAAACGAACAUUAAAAAAGUGAAUAAAUAGUAUUUUAAUUCGCACACGUGGAAGGACUAAACAUGGCGUUGAUAUUUAAUCGAAACGACUUCUGUUAAACUGAUCGAAAUACUUUAAAAUUUAUUAUAAAACAAGUCAAACUGACAUAAAUUUACCUCAAUCAAAUAGUUUUGAAGAGAAAAAAAUAGAUGAAAAAUUAGAAGCGACGAAUUAAAGAAAAAUAAAAAAAAAGGACUAAAUAUGGCGGCACUUUUCUGUCGAAGGCGAAGAUGGCAGUUUCGGCUUGUGUUUUACUAAACACACCAGGCCAUUAAAUUAUGUUAAAUACUUUCCAAUUAUCUUGUGUCUUAUUGGUGUGUCGAUUAAAACCGCAAAUCCUUUGGGAUAUAGAGGAGAAAAGCAGAAAUUUUACUUUCCGACAAAACGGAAGUACGUAAUAAGUAAUGCGCAGAAAAACAGUUUUGUGUCUUUUUUUCCGUUUAACAAGAACAGACCGAGUAAGACGUGUGUAAGAAUGUUCCAAUAAACGAGCCAUUAUUGUCUCGAAAACUAAUUUAUACACAAUUAUUUUGACGUUAAAAAUACAUUAUACUUAAAAUAUUAACAUUUAACGCCAUUUUAAAUAAAUUUCUGUCUAUAACUCGGUCACGCGCGUUAGGAUCCGAGUUCGCAUCUUACGCGGGCGUUUUAAUGAAUUUUCAGACGUUGAAAACUUUUACCACCAGAUGGAAAAACGGAGUUUCGUUUACGACGUAAUUCAAUACGAAAGGAGUAAAGUGUCCGACCGCACGUGCGGCAGAUGGUACGUAUCGGAGGGUGGUCGAUGACGUGUAGGACCACCUGCACGCGCUCGUUUGCGUCGUCGUAACGAAGAUGGACGACUCGGCAAACGUGUCGUACCAGCAUAACUCCAUCGAGCAAAUCGUUCCUUUUUGCAAUCGCACGAGAUGCGGACAGCAACAGUUAACCGACGAAAUUCUUCGGUUUUCCCAGGCCCUACUGCAACUAAAUGGAGACAAUCGACACGUCUUGUUUGUUCUAUCGGGCCUUUUAGUCUUGCUUAUGCAAAGUGGAUUUCCUCUGGUACAGUACGGUUCUCGCAAGAAUUCCGCUUCUCACGUCUUAGUAGUGUUUAUCUACCAUACGAUGAUAGCGGGUAUAAUCUACUGGUUAAUCGGAUACGGUAUAGCGUUUGGCGAGGGUCUCGGAUUCGUAGGAAGUAAAAACUUCGCCGGACUGAAUUUGAGUGCCGAUGAUGCGUCUCAUUGGUUCUUUCAUUUGACACUGGAUGCCACCGUCUGUUCCAUCGUGGUGUCUUCCAUGGCGGACAGAGGAACGUUCGUCUCUUACGUCAUCGUCACAAUCCUCGUUUCCGGUCUGAUCCAUCCUUUCGUGGUUCAUUGGUGCUGGAGUCCAUUCGGAUGGUUGUACCAGAAUGGCGCAAUGUAUUAUCGAGAUUACGCGGGUGCAGGUGUGAUCCACGUAAGCGCCGGUGCGUGUGCCACGGUUGCCGUGGCAACGGCCGGACCCAGAUCGGUCAGAUCGGACACCGUGCAGAGAAAACCCGGACAUACCAUACCGAUAUCCAUCGUGGGAAGUUUCCUGCUGAUUGUCGGUUACGUGGCCAUCGCCUGUGGAACGCAGGCGGGAAGAAAGGUGCAAAACCUGACCACUUCGUCCAUAGUCGAUGCUAUCACUUCUACCGUUUUGGCGGCAAAUUUCGGGGGUGCCGCCUACCUGUGUUGCUAUCGUUUAGAGAAAUGCUGCAAAAAUAGCCGCCGAGAGGUUCGACCCGACGCACUCGUUUCGCUUUCCUACUUUCUGGCAGGAUCAGUGGCAGGAAUGGUGUCGGUGAGUGCCGGUUGCGACAGGUUCCCCAUGUGGGCGUCCGUAACAGUGGGGGUAAUAGGAAGCCUCUUUGCCUUCUUUCUUCACCUUGUGGUGGCUUUCUUCAAAGGAGAAGACGAGAUUCACGUCGUCGGUGUGCAUCUGGGGGCGGGAAUCUGGGGGUUGAUAGCAGCACCCGUUUUCGAAUACCCGGAUGGAAUGAUUAAGGGGGAGAUCGAUACCUCUCGAAUGGUGAUAGCGUGGAAUUUGGCAGCGGGGAGCGUAAUAUUAGCGUGGAGUGGUGUGUUAUCCAUCGUAGUGUUCGUCACUUUGAAGUGUUUGAAGUUUUAUUCGAUAGAUUACGACUUGAAAGGUUCGGAUAUUUUGAGACAAGGACAGACAUCCUCGCCUGCUCCUUCCAGCGCCGAGAAUUCGUACUUUCACGCUUAUCAACAAAGUAACGAAAAUGGGAGCAGCAUAAGUAAGUUGACGAAUAGAGAAUUUCUUUUCUGAGGGAUAAUUAAGUGGGUUAUGACAUUCCCUUAAAUGUAAAGAAUCAAGCGAACGACAGAUAUCCCACGAUUCAGCGACCGUUUGGCACGAGAAACGAAGCAUUCCUGUCUGAAAGUGCCACGCA